AUGGCCACUCACUGCAAGACCGUUACAUUUCUCGGCGCCAGUACCGGUGUAGGCCUCUCGACACUUAAGCACACCCUCGCCGCAGGCCACCGGUGCAUCGCCCUCUGCCGUAUCCCAUCCAAGCUUACGACCAUCUUCCCACCCGAGACAACCCCCAACCUCCAGGUCAUCCAGGGUAAUGCGCACGAUAUCGCUGCCGUCUCAAAGUGCCUGGUGGCCGAGAAAGGGAAGCUCGUCGAAGAAAUCAUCUCCACCAUCGGCGGUAAAUUCAUCCUCUCCAAAAUGACGAUAGACGACGAGGAGGUCUGCAGAAAAGGCAUGACCACCAUCCUCGAGGCCCUCGCCCAGCUGCGAAGCGGCGGUGCUACCGGAAGGCCGCAUAUUGUUGUAGGCAGCACGACAGGCAUGUCUCGCUUCGGUCGCGACAUCCCCCUUGCCAUGAUUCCAAUGUACCACGUUAUGUUGAAGGUCCCCCACGAAGACAAGAAGGCCAUGGAAGACCGUUUGGUGGAAAGCGGAGAGGCCUACACGAUCAUCCGCGCCAGCUUGCUGGUCGGCGGUGAGACAAGUAAGGAGAUCCGGGUUGGCAUCGAGGAUCCCAAGACUGGGCGGGAGUCCAAGGCUAUUGGGUAUACCAUCUCCAGGGAGGACACGGGGAAGUGGGUUGCGGAUAAUUUGGUGCUGCAAUUGGACGGAAGGUACGUCAACAAGAUUGUAAUGGUGACAUACUAG